AUACACGUUCAUAUUAUUCACCUCAUGGCAGUAAACGCACACACAUUCUCGCUCUGAUUAUGAGCGCACGCGUGGACAUGGAACGCCGCCGAGCUCCGUUGUCUCCGCCUCGCUCGCCCGACACAGACCCAGACCUGGAUCUACUGCUAGACCAAGACCUCAACGACGACGAGUUCGAUCGCCUUGUUGCUUCUCGCACGUCGCCUAAAGGCUCCAAGCGCAUGAGGCUCCUGCAAAAACCCCAGAAGGCCGCGGCGCUGCAAAUGAUGGCGAAAGCGCGACGCAGCGGUGCAAAGGUUUUUCUUAAAUUUUGCAGUGCGUGGAUUCUCUUCGGCCUUUUGUGGAUCCGCUGGCCAAUUUUCGAUCUCGAAGUGUUCCCGUUAGUGGAGGCGAAAUUAGGUGACAAACUAGACGUGGAACCUUUUGUGGUUUCCGUUGCUUUGGUGUUUCCUUUCCUUUUGGCGGGGGUAAUUUUCUAUUGGAGACAAGAGUCUGUCGGCUCGCUGGCCAGAUGGGGACAACAGCUUAAGGUAGUGCAGUGGGUGAAGGCCCGCCCGAGCAUCGGCAAACGUUUCGGGCUCGAUGCCGUCGACGUGGUGUUGGUCAGUGGCUUCUUGCUGCUGCAACUCAACCUCGUGGUGGGGAAAUUGCUGAUCGACAAGGAAAAUGGCAAACUGGCAAAAGCGGGCAUUGUGGUCCGGACAGCUCGUGCCUUUGGCAUGAACGGCCUGUACGCGAUGGUGCUAUCUGUGAUAUUAGUGGCAAGGCAAUCGUUUUUGCACAAGUUUUUCGGGCUAUCAGGCGAAAGAGCAGCGCGGUAUCAUGUUUUAACAGGACAAUUUGGAUUCAUCAUGCUGGUGUUGCAUGGCGUGUUGUACAUUUUGGUUUGGUACUCGCAAGGCAAAGUGGAAAAAAUGUUGUUUCCGUGUCUGGCUGAAAGUUGCACCCCUAAACAACGUUAUGGAUCUACCCGCAACUUUUUCGGCGCAGUGGCAAUGUUGCCGCUUUUGGUUGUUGCUGUGUCUUCGAUGGAAUGGGUACGUCGUCGCUUUUUCCGACGUUUUAUCGUGUUGCAUUGCUUGAGUGCAGGUUUCAUCGUGUUUACGGCUUUGCAUUACUACGCCGCAUCGUUUUGGCUGGUGCCGGCAAUUGUUUUGUACGGAAUUUACCGAACCGUUUCCGCUUUCGGACGUGGAAAAGCAAGUGUCAUGUCGGCAACUGCAAUGAGCAACAAAGUUUUCCAGUUGGAGUUGCGACGAUCAACUACGCCAGGGUCGGAUUUCUCGCCAGGACAAUAUGUGUACAUUAAAGUGGACGCAAUUGGGAAAGAGUGGCAUCCAUUCACCAUCAGUUCCAGUCCACUACGUAAUCGUCACUCGUUCGUUCUAGACGCUAAAGUGCAAGGACCUUUCACGUCUCAAGUGGUGACUUUGAUGAAGACACAUCAGCUUCAAACUGUCCACGUGGACGGAUACUAUGGCUCCGAAAUCAAGUUGGCUCCGCACAUGGUGUUUGUGGCAGGAGGCAGCGGUAUGACCCCGUUCUUAAGUGUUUUAGAUCAUUUAAAGGCACUUGCGGAAUUGAACGACCGUGACGAAGUGACGGAGAAUUCAGAGCUGCCACGUACCUUGUGGAUUGUCUGGACGUGUCGUGAUCUGGAGUUUUUGGAGGCACACGCAGAGCUACUGGAUGCAGUGAACCGCUGUUCGCAAUGGAAAUGCAAAAUCUGGUUACAUCAUACGCAUUCUGUCAGUGGUAGUGAAUAUGACGAAGAUGAUGACACUCAAACAGAGCCGGAUGAUCUAUCCGAGGAAUCCUCACCUCGCGCUCAGCGCUUCUAUCCCCCGUCGUUGGAGCGUCAUGCCUUCUCGGGUCACAACUACAUGCAAGGAUUGCCGUUGUUUGUUGGGACGGCAUUAGGGUGUGCACUCAUGAUGAUGUGGGUGUUCCGGUUAGAAGAAUUUACAGCCAAAUCGUUCGUAAGACGCACGCUGUUGCCGUGUGCGGGUGCGCUUGGCGCUGUGCUUGGAGCGAGUGCUGUGUUGUAUUUACUGACGCGAUGGAAUGCUCGUAGGAGCGGCGAUGGAGCCAUGGGUGUUGCAAUGGGGGAGAUGGAAUUGGAAGGUUUGGAUAUUGCCAGUCCAGCGGCGCCUGCCACGCCACGGUCAAUGCCAACGCCAGCACAGUCUGUGCUCAGUAGGAACUUCUUGAUCGAAAAGGAGCGCCCGGAUUUGAGUACACGACUGCGUGACGUACACAGCGAGAUUCGGGAAAGUUAUGGCAUGAAGGCGGACGUAGUAUUACUCGUGAGUGGGCCAGCGAAUUUGCAGUCUGAUACACUGUUGCUAGCGCGUGAGCUACAGUCACCUUCUUUUAAGCUAGACCAGAAGUCAUUCCUACUGUAAAAGCUUUGACAAUUUUGCUCUACGCCCUUUCUUGAGUUUCCUUCUGUAUGAAGACAUCCUGAGAGAUGAUCAAGACAUUUCUGCUGUGAGCACACCACUUCGAAGCGCAUUUAAACAAUGAAGGAUCAGAGGAAAGGUAAAAUCCGAAAACAAGUUUAGAAGUUUUGUUGGCCAUCUUGCUAGUGCUUACACACUACCGUCAGCGUAUUAGUACAGAUUUGUACAAGUACGUAUCUCGAACGAAGCAAUACGAAUACACCAGUGUGAACUGCUUGCAUGGAACCAUUGUGCAUUUUGCCAACCAAGACCGAGCUCCAAGACAAUCUGCCGAGAAUGAAUUUAACCGUGUGUUUUGCUGCUUUCGUCGGCGCUGUGGCAACUAUCGCUGUCACUAUCGAUGCUGCCUAUUGCCCCAGCACGCUGGGAUGCGGCUACAUCUACUCUCCAUCCAACACCCGAAUCAGUCAAUGCUGCGAGAACAAAGGCGGCGAUUUCUCGGCGUGUUGCGCUUCGAGUUGCCGCACUGGCAGCCCAUGCAGCUAAGCUGACGGGACAAUUGGCUACCAAUUCUCUCCUCAGGAAACAUUACAGCAGCUUUCCCAUGUUCUCGGUUCGUGUCGAUUGUCAGCUAUACUACUACAUCUGUAUUACCAAGAUACAAUAAGAAACACGAAUGCAGCUACUCAGUCGAACUUUUUGAUCGGAAACGGUCACCGCUUUAUCUUACCGUAAUCAGAUUUGUUUAUGCGUGCACCAACAAUGAAGCAGUA